AUAAAGUAUAUAAAGAGAGCAUCUCUUCCAAGAGCAUCACAACACACCUGCUGCUGCAAGUACAUCUUCAUCUGAUCAUCACAGCAAGAUGGCUUCAGCUCUUCACUGCAUUGUGCUCUUCUGUUUGACCAGUGGACUGUGGAUGGAGGCAAAUGCAACAUGUCCUUUAAAAAGAGGUCGGUGUGAGGCCUGCCCUGCUGGUUGGACUCAGUUUUGCUCUCGCUGUUUCAUGUUCAACCAUGAAGAAAAGGACUGGGCUGAUGCUGAGACCUCUUGCAUUGCCUCUGGAGGAAAUCUGGCUUCUGUCAAAACGGCCAAUGAGUACACAUUCAUUAGGGAGUUGGUGAAAAGAGCAGCAGGCUCAGAUAAAACUUCUUGGAUUGGAGGCUAUGAUGCUGUCAAGGAGGGUUUGUGGGAGUGGAGCGAUGGCUCAAAGUUUGACUUCAAAUCCUGGGGCAAGAAGGAGUCAAACAAUAUGAAAAAACAAGAAAACUGUAUGGAGAUUAACUUUAAAGGACGCGACUAUGUCAACGACUCGAGCUGCAGCCUUAAGAGAUCUUUUGUUUGUUCCACGGACCCUUCACCGAUACCAAUAUGA